AUGAGGAAAUUCCAGGGGGAGAGGGAGAGGUUAAAGAUCGCAGAAUUCCAAAUGCUGGGAGGCUGGGAAGUGGGAUGGGUUCCCCUCACCCCAGUGACUCCCAAGGUUCUCUGUUCUCUCCCCCAGCACGCCCUGCCACUCCCUGGAUUCCUGCUGCUGGCUCCCGACAUUUACCGGCACGCCGUGCUCUUCAACCAGUCCGAGCCGUUCCAGGUGCCGCUGCUCGGGCUGACCGUGCCGAUCAUGUGGUUCUACCUGCUGAUGAACGUCCUCACUCAGUACGUGUGCAUCCGGGGGGUGUUCACGCUGACCACGGAGUGCCCGUCGCUGACGGUGACGUUGGUGGUGACGCUGCGCAAGUUCCUGAGCCUCAUCCUGUCCAUCCUCUACUUCCAAAACCCCUUCACCGCCUGGCACUGGGCGGGCACCGCCCUCGUCUUCCUGGGAACACUCCUGUACUCCGAGAUCUGGAGCGGCAUCGGAGCCAUCCGCGCCCGGGGCAGGGCCAAGGAGCACUGA